UUUUCUUUUGACUCUUUCCAGCUUUCAAAAAGGGGUCACUGACCCCAUCUUAAAAAAACAAAUGCUCUGUAAGACUAUAAAUGUAUAGUUCCUUUCUCCUUAGUCGCUUGUGGGUACAGUUUGCACCACUAGGAGGCAGGACACCAUAACAAAUCCAAACAAACGAGUCCCUCCUCCUCCUGCUAUACCGCAGAGCCAGACAGUUCUCAUUGUGUCCUCAGGAGGUUGGGACAUAGAACUCUUAUCAGGAGUUAGAAUUUAUUUUUAUUUAUUUCACCUUAUUUAUUACUUAUUUAUUUACUUUAUUACUUAUUUAUUUACUUAUUUCACCAGAGGUCUGACUGGGCAUUAACACCGAGUGUUCUGCCUUUCUGUCCACCUCCAACAGGAGGUCUCUGGGGUCUUUUUGUGCCGUUGCACUGACCACCCAGGCAGAUUAUUCUUCCCUUCUUAGGGUACGAAUUCACUGGCCGGCAGACAAGCGUGAGAGCUGUACAGGGACAUCAGCACACCAUGUCUGGGAGUUCCAGUGACAACCUUUUUCCAAGGACGGCAACUACUGCUUCAGUAAAGUAUUUAGCCUGUGCCAAAUGCCUCAAACUUUUACCGCUAGGUAACAAGGAACCUUUGUGCUCCACGUGCAAGCCACCUGAGUCUGUUCCGUAAACUCCAGGGCCCAGCCCCCAGUUAAGCUUAGUCCCCCAUGGGGCUCCGGCAGCCCAGGCCAGAGACCUCUGGGAUCUCAGUCUCCCCCCUCAGUGGGCUUCCCAACUGGCCUCCGGCAUUCCCAAGCUGGGCGAUUCCUUAGACAGGCUACUAGCCUGCCUAGACAAGCCCAAGCUGCCUAAGCGCAGGGCCCCCUCUCCGUCUGCAGCAGAGAGCGACGAGGAGUCCAUUGCUCCCUCUCCCCCCCCCCCUUUACACAGGAGACGAACAGGCUCUCUCCGAUGGGGAACUGUCACACAGCUCUGAUCAGGAGGUGGAGGACUCUCCUAAAUUGUCCUCUGAGGCCAUUGACUCCCUUAUUUCCUCUGUCCUAGAAACCCUACACUCUACAGGAACCUGGAAAUAGCUCUAGUUCCUCCUCGGGUCCCUUCAAACGCCAGACUAGGUCUUCUCCUGGUUUUCCCUCCCAUGACCAGCUUGAUCACAUCAUUCAGCAGGAGUGGGACAAGCCUGAAAGACGUUUCCAGCAGAACCAGCGUUUUCUCAAGCUAUAUCCCUUCCCACCGGAUGUCACUGAGAAGUGGGCCUCCUCCUUCUGUGGAUGCCCCAGUCUCAUGCCUUUCCAAGAACACUGCAUUACCUGUUCCUGACGCAGCUUCUUUUAAGGACUCCAUGGACAAUGGACAAAAAGAUGGAGGGCCUUCUGCGUUCCCUCAUCUCCGCUACUGGCACUUCUUUGCCCCCUGUUCUGGCCUCCAGGGUGAGCAGGGCCGUCCAAUCUUGGUCUGGUGCCUUAGGCCGAGCAAUCUUUUCUGGGGUUCCACGUCAGGAACUUUUCAAGAUGGCAUCGCAGAUCAAGAAGGCCAACGACUUUCUAUGUGAGGCAUCGCUCGAUGCUGCCCAGGUGAUGCAUGGAUCACUCUGACUCAGGACUCCUGUGUACACUAGGUCGUGACUCACUUAGAGUUCUCUUCUCCCCCCACCUCACCGCUUCUUCAUGUCCAGGCUUCCUCAAGAACCCUCCAAGGCCCGAGCACUUCUAGACGCAAUCGACAGGCUCCUACGGACAGAUGUCGUCAUACCGGUUCCACCCGGGGAAAGAUUCAAGGGCUACUAUUCCAACCUGUUGUAUUGCCCAAGAAGGACGGGUCACCACUUAUGGUCCCUGAUCUCGAAACCGAAACACACCGCCAAAUUCUGCAUGAAGGUACUAAGUCAUGGUGUCAACCAUAGAAGCAGUUCCCUUUGCUCAACAUCAUCUCAGGGAGCUUCAAUGGAACAUUCUCUCAGCCUGGAAACGCAGAUACAUACUUCAAGAGAUUCGCCUGUCGUACAAGACCAGAGCGUCUCUCCACUGGUGGACUCACAUCAGUCACCUGACCAAGGGCAGACCUCUCGGGUAUCCUCAGUGGCGCCUCCUCUCUACGGAUGCAAGCCUAUUGGGCUGGGCAGCAGUCCUGGAGGGACAUUCAGCACAGGGCCUCUGGUCUCCAGCAGAGCAACGUCUCCACAUCAACCUCUUGGAGAUUCGAGCCAUUUGUCUAGCCUUAGUCCACUGACGGCAACAACUAGCGGGUCAGGCGGUAAGAAUCCAAUCCGACAAUGCCACAACCGUAGCAUAUGUCAAUCACCAAGGCGGAACAAGAAGCAGGAGUGCACUAAACUAAGUUGGACUGAUCUUUCGAUGGGCAGAGACCUACCAAGCACAGCUUCUCAAUUGGGAGGCGGACUUUCUCAGCAGACAAUCCGUAGAUCCAAGCGAGUGGUCUCUAAAGGACGACGUUUUUCACCAACUCACUCGAAGAUGGGGAACUCCAGAGGUCGACCUCAUGGCAACCCGGCCACUCUUCUUCGCUCGAUACAGGGACCCUCUGGCUAUAGCAGCGGGUGCCCUGACCACUACCUGAAAUUUCCAGCUCGCCUAUGCCUUCCCUCCUCUGCAGAGGGAGCACACCACUCUCAUUCUCAUUGCUCCCAGAUGGCCUCGUCGCACGUGCUUCUCGGAUCUAGUAAGUCUAUCCGUAGACCACCCAUGGACUCUACCCAUCAUUCCAGAUCUUCUGUCUCAGGGGCCAAUUCGGCACCCAUGCCCAGCCAACCUCUAAUUGACGGCGUGGCUCUUGAGACUGUGAUCAUAAAGAAGAAAGGUUUUUCGGAUGCCAUAAUCCUCCGCAUGAGGGCGGCUCGUAAGCCCGUUUCCGCCAAAACUUACCACCGAGUAUGGUCCACUUACCAUCAGUGGUGUCAGUGCCAUGGAGUGGACUUUCUCCGCCUUUCCAUUGCCAACCUCUUGGCCUUCUUACAAGAGAGGCUAUCCAUCGGACUAUCCUUGGGAUCCCUAAAGUCCCAGAUCUCGGACAUGUCUAUAUUGUUCCAGAGGCGCCUAGCCUUACAUUCCGAUGUCAAGACUUUCCUACAGGGGGUGGCCCAUGUUAAGCCUCCUGUCCGGUCUCCAGUGCCGACUUGGGAUCUCUCUCUUGUUCUACGAUCCCUGCAACGACCCCACUUCGAGCCCUUGUCCUCUAUUUCCCUUCAAUGGCUUACCUGGAAGACAGUCUUUCUGAAUGCCAUCGCAUUAGCUCGCCAGGUAUGGGAGAUGUCUGCUCUAUCUUGCAGAUCUCCUUUCCUCACAUUCCAUCAGGAUAGGGUCGUUCUCUGCACGAUUCCUUCCUCCCUCCCUAAUGUGGUUUCCUCCUUCCAUUUGAACCAAGAGCCAUUCCAACCUUCUGUCCUUCUCCUUCCAAUCCUAAGGAGGUGGCCCUUCAUUCCUUGGACCACGUGCGGGCUCUCAAGUACUACCUGCACAGAGUAGAAGAAGUGCGUAAAUCGGACUCCAUGUUCAUCAUUCCCUCUGGGCCCCGCCAGGGCCCUCCGGCCACCAAGGCAACUAUUUCCCGUUGGAUAAAACAGGCCAUUCGGAGGGCUUACACAGCUCAGGGUUUGAGCCCCCCAACUAGACUCAAGGCUCUGAGUACGUCCUGGGCUUUUUAGAAUAAGGGCUCAGCUGAACAGUUGUGCAACCUCCAUCCAUACUUUUGGAAAUUUCUACCAUUUUGAUACCUUGGCGACAGCUUUGGUAUGUCCCCAUUGUUCCUGUGUCCCCCAAGCAGACUAGAGAAAGAGAGGAGUACACAAAAUUUCCUUUUCUCCUUAAAGGCGCUUGUGGGACUCAGGACUUCCCUCCCUGGUUGAGGCCUUCACUUGGUCUAUUCAGACAUGGUUGCUAAGUGCAAUCAACCUUUUUCUUGUAUAUAGUUGCAUAGGGCUUUAUUGGUAACCUCCUGUUCUGUGCUUUGGUACAAACUGGUCUGGCUCUGCCUGGGAGCUGCGGUAUAGCAGGCGGAGGAGGGACUAAUUUGUUUGGUUUUGUUAUUGUGUCCUGCCUCCUAGUGGUGCAAACUGUACCCCAUUGUUCCUGUGUCCCCCCAAGCGACUGUGUACUCAUCAUUAAAUCUUUCUAUCCAAUCUCCUUUUUUUUUUUUUUUUUUUUUUUUUUUUUAUUCCUUAUCUUUCUAUUCAGGCCUCGCCUAUUCAUAUUCCAGUCUCUUAUUCAAAUCAAUGCAUGGUUGCUAGGGGAAUCUGGAACCUAGCAACCCAAAUGGCUUAAAUUGAAAACUGGAGAGCUGCUAAAUAACUCAAAAACCACAAAUAAUAAAAAAUGAAAACCAAUUGCAAAUUGUCUUAGAAUAUCCCUCUCUAUAUCAUACGAACAUCGGGGUUGCCACCUUUUAAUAAAAGUUACACCGGCUGGGGGAGGUGGUGGGGCGUGCCGAGACAUCAAGGGGCGGGGCCACGGCGUGUGAUUGGCUGGGGAGGAUCGUGACAUCAAGGGGGCGGCGCCUCGGCGCUGCGAUUGCCAAAAAGGUGAGUUUGGGGGCAGGCCACGGGCUUUUGUUGGGUGUAUUACAAAUUUACCGACAGCUACAUUCCCGGUAUAUUUGUAAUACCGGCCCCGGCCUUGGCAGGUGUUUUACCGGCUAGGCCGGUAAAAUACCGGCCCGGUGGCAACCCUAUACUAACGGUUAACUUAAAGGUGAACAACCCCUUUAUAACUCCAGCUUCCUGUGUAGGAUACAAUGUAUAAAGAAGUCUCCCCUUUAAUUCCCUUUCUCGCC